AUGGAUCCGGAUGAGCAGGAGAAGAGGCUGGCAUGGAAGUAUCUCGAUUGCUCCAACCUGGUCGACGAGCGUGACCGUCGCGUGGAUUGGCCUUGGUUCCGCCAGCAGUUGCUCCAAACUCCGUACCCAGCCAACAUGGACGCAGUUUUCACGGUGCUGAACAAUCUUGGCACGGGCAACUCCAACCAUUAUGACGAGGAGGCGCGCGUGUGCCUCAUGGGUGUGCCAGCUGCCAGGGACCAAGAGCUUCCUUGA